AUGGUACGAGGAAAAUUGGCAAAGUUUAAACCAUUUGCAAAUACGGUGGUCACUAUGAUAGCAGAGCCAGAAGCUAUGUCUGCUAGUCAACAGGCUGUAUUUAGCUUCCUCCUUAGAUACGUCCGUACCCUCAAUACGGAUAUACUCGGACGCUUUUCGCGCUUUUCAACUGGGAGCAGUGUUGUGACUGUCGAUAUCAUAAAGGUCGAUUUCAAUCCGGAAAGAGACGACGAAGCUCUUGGCAAGCUUGAAGCACAUGUGACUGUCGACGAAUCGCGAAAGCUUCUUCUAAACAGGGACUUUCGAAACCGCUUCCAGCGAACACUUGCGCUAAAAACCUUGCUUACAUAUACAUAUGGAGGGAAAUACGAAUAUUCGAUAAACACAUACGAAGCGUCCCUCAAGUUGGAAAGAGAGAACGGGAAAUUUGAGAAAAGUUUGAGUUUACUGGAGGAGACGACCGAUUUUGCUAUUCAUCUUCUCAUCUCUUCUUGGGACUUGAAAGGCGGCUUUCCCACGCUAAGGCACAACGAGAUCCGGAACAUCACAGCUGAUCUUCUAAGGGAGGUUUCUACAGAUGUUACAAUCGAACCUGUACUUCGUCCCUUGGAUGGAGAACAGUUUGCGCAUCGCACUGCCAUCACAGAUGAUAACGCUAGGGUCGACAUUUCUGCUAGAGGAGUGUGGAGGCAUGGAGAACGGGCAUUUUUUGAUGUGAGGGUUUUCUACCCAAACGCUGCUUCCAACCGCAAACACUCUUCACUCAAAUCCGCCUAUGUGAGUCACGAGAAUGAGAAGAAACGCGCUUACGGUGAGAGAAUUCGGGAAGUUGAGCAUGGGUCUUUCACUCCAUUAGUGUUUACGUCAUACGGAAGCACAGGCCCAGAGGCAACAACCUUCUAUAAGCGAGUGGCAAGUCUGCAUGCAGCCAAGUCAGGAGAGCAGUACAGUAGAAUUAUGCAAUUAAUUCGCUGUAGAUUGAGUUUUGCCCUACUUCGCUCGAGUAUACUGUGUAUCCGUGGAACAAGAUCCUCUACGUAUAGACCUAUCAAAGUGGACCUGCUGGGACUCAUUGAAAGUGAGGCCCACCUAGAUGAGUAGGUGGUGACUAUAGCUUGUGAUAAUAGUUAAGCAUACAGUGUAAUGACAUAAAGUAGUAACUGACUUUUAAU